CCACGCCAUUCUCCGCGGGUUGCACCAAGCAAUCGUGGUGGAGGCGAGAAAGAACAUCGUGGGAGCCCGGCCACCUAAAUUCAAGGGUAAACCGGUUUUCGCUGAGGGGCAGCUGAGGGUCUUCGCAGAGGACGAAUACUCGGCCGCCUGGUCUCAGCGAUGCAUCCAGUCCCUAACCUUGCCAGACAUCUCCCUAACGGCAGUUCGCCAGUCGGAGAUGGCAAGGAGAGUUAAGUGCGGGCUCCUUAUACCCAACAUAAACAACUCGUCCUGGGAAGACGUCCGUCAGGCAGCUGACGGACUGAAGUACCAGAAUGAAUGGGCCAAGGUCGGCACUUGGUCCAUCAUUGAGAUACUGCGGCAAGACCAGGGGUGGUUUGUCGCCUUCACAAUCCCCGAAGACCUCGUCCCCGCCUUUAUGGAGAGGGGGAGAUCCCUGAACUGUGGAGUGGGUAAUGUCUACCUCAGGUUCAGGGGUCCCGGAGGCAAAUACCUGGACCAGCCUCCCACCCUGCAGGACUCCACCCUAAGGGUAACGGGAGCACAGGUCCCUAGUCGACAGGCCCCGGGCACCCCCGGUCAGAGUAAAUCUGCCUCCGGAGAGGAAGUUGCCCCCCCAUCGAUGCCCAAGCCAACGACAGCCGAACCCUCGGAGGAUGAACUCCUUGGCACUGGUGAUGAACCAGCCGGGACAUCAUCCGACGGUGAGUACCUGUCGGCUUGGAUAGAGACGGGGCUGGCCGACAUGUUGAAGGAGGGAGGGGAGAUGCAAGACGGAGACCCCACCACCGACAACAUGGACACCGGCUAGUGUCCUACAAGCAAACCUCCAGCACAGCGUGGCCGCUACGGCCCAACUGAGACGCUGCCUGGUAGGUUUGCCAACAGCCGUUGCCCUCCUACAAGAACCAUGGGUGGGCAACGGUCACAUACGCGGGCUCUCCGACACGAAAGGUAAGCUCUAUUACUCCACGGUACACGCCGUCCCUAGGGCUUGUAUCCUAACCACUAACAAUAUCAUUGCACAACCGCUCACUGAGUUCUGUUCCAGAGACCUGUGUGCGAUUAAACUACAAGUUCCACUGCCAACAGGCUGUCGCGACCUAGUCCUCGCCUCGGCGUACAUGCCCGGAGAGGACGAGCCGCCGCCCGCCGAACUACAACGACUGGUCAGCCACUGCGAGAGAGUGGGCCUCGCAUUAAUCAUCGGGGCCGACUCCAACGCACACCACCCGCUGUGGGGAAUGGAGACCAGUAACAACAGAGGUGUCACAGACAGUCCCCUAUGCAGAGGAUGCAUGGAGACAGAAGAAACAGCCUCUCACGUGGUGCUGGAGUGCAGCGGAGUGGCCCCAUACAGGGCAAAACAUCUCGGAUCCCCGAGAGACCUCCCCGAGGUCCUACUCAACAUCAAAGGUUUGAUAGGUUUCCUCGAGGAGCUGGGCUGGCAGGACUAGCCCACCCCCAUGUCACGCAAAAUAGGCGCCAGUCGUCGAGUUGCGGAAAAUCGCCCGAACUACAAUACAAUACAAU